UCAAUUUGCGUCACUUUCAAGCGAUUGCCUAACUUGGGGGUCCAUAAUCUAAGAGAUCCUUCUCGUGACGGUAUCUCACUCACCACUCACAGUCAACUCCAAAACGACCAACUUGCUUCUUUACAAAGCAGUAAUGGUCAGCCAGGUCAACAGCAUCAGAAUGCUAGCUUCCAAGCCACUCCACUUGGAAGGGAUAGUGGACAGCUCUCUGCCUUUUCUAAUGGCCAUGACGAUUCUCAUUCAAACCCUGUUUCUAGUCCCCAUGAGGCAUCUAUUACUGGCGCCUCUGGUGGCCCACCGCGUGGAAUAGCCACAGGAAAGGUCUCAGGAAAGACCUCUCAAAAACCUCGAGAUGAUCCUUUGCUUAAGUGA